GAAAACAUUCAUCAACUAAAAAAAGCCAUAAAUUCUCUCUGUGUCUCACUCUUUCAAGCGACGACGAUCCGUGACCAAAAGAAAAGUCGGAAUAAUGCCCAAGUUGAAGACAAACCGUGUCAAAUACCCUGAAGGUUGGGAGCUGAUUGAGCCUACUCUCCGUGAACUGCAAGCAAAGAUGAGAGAAGCCGAGAACGAUCGACAUGAUGGCAAAAGAAAAUGCGAGAUGUUGUGGCCUAUUUUCAAAAUAGCUCAUCAGAAGAGCCACUACUUCUUUGACCUUUACCACCGGAGGAAGGAAAUAUCCAAGGAAUUGUAUGAGUUCUGCUUGGACCAAGGCUAUGCUGAUCCCAAUCUAAUUGCUAAGUGGAAAAAGGUCUGUCUCACCUCCUUGUUUGAAAUUUCCCGCUUGGUGUUCUCUCCUUCACUUUCCUAUUUGUGUUGUUCUAAUUUGGUUUUAAACCAUAUAGGUAUUUGGGGUUUAACAACUGUAAUUUUUCUCUCCCAAGUUCAUGGUAGCAAUCCAGAAUAUUGCAAUUAAUCUGCAAAAUUUCUUGAAUUUCUGCAAGAAUGUGACAUGAAUAUGAGUGCAAUGGACGUACCCAAUGCAUGAGCUCCCGCCAUUGCGGGACUUGGGGUGGGUGAAAUGUACGCAGUCUUACCCCAAUAAGGAGAGAGGCGGUUCUGCUUUCUUAAUAAGAAGCCUGGUUAUGAAC